AAAACUUCAAACCCUAUCCAUUCUGAUUUUUGCAGACGUUUUCAGCUUUCUCAUUUCCCGCAGAAGAUGCGCCGCCGCAGCCACUUCCUUUACCUACGCAACUCCGCAUCGCCACCGCCGGCGCCGGCGCCGGCGAUCAUCAAACGCCUCGCAGUCUCCACCUCCGUAAGGAGGUACAGCGGAAGUCACGAAAAGGAAGACAGCCACGGGAUGAUCGAUCAGGAGAGGGCGCCGUCAACGGCCGAUGAGUUCAGAAGGGUUGCGGAAGAGAAGGCCGCCGCCGGGCAGACGGCGGCGGAAGACUCUGCGCAGGAAUCUACGGCGGACGACGGUGAUUUUGGAUCUGUGAAGGAAGAUUACAAGCAAACUCAGGGCAAAGCCGCCGGCGAGUUCAGUACAGCUGCACCAAACCCUAAUCGGCCAUAGGAAGGACCAGUGAUCGAAUUAAUACUGCUGUUGCUGUUGUUGUUGUUGUUGUUGUUGUUUUGCUUUGAGUUGCUUUCAUCCAUUGCAUUCCAUCCUCAUGUGAAGAUUAAAUAAAAGGCCAGAUGAUCAAUUAAUUAUUUAA